CACCUUUAGGGAGCUACGUAUUAAUUUUCAAAGUUAACAAAACAUGCAGUUAAAAAGUCAAACAUCUUAACUCUUGUAUAAAUUACAGUAGUUUCUUAUUUCCACUACCUUGUUUAUCAUGGAGAGUGAUGAACGUUUGAAUGACUUGCGGCUUCAGUUCCAAACGCUGCAAAAACAGCAGGAAAAAAGAAAACUGGAAGGGAAGAAGAAGAAAGAACCCAAUAAUUUAAGUGUGACAGGUACUCUGGAUGAUUUGAAUCUGUCGAAGCAAGUCGUUCAGGAAGACAGUCCUGAAGAAAGUCUGUUAAAGCAGCAGGAUGAGAUCUUGUUAGAUCAAAUUCGAGAGCUCAGAGAUGAAAAUGGGAGGCUCUUCAAACUUCUGAGUGAAAAGGACUUUGAGAUCAAACAUCUGAAGAAGAAAAGAGAAGAAGAAAGACUGGCCUUAACAGGUACAAGCAGACAAGUUGGAUCUGUAGCUGCCACCAAGAUUGUUGAGCUUUCCAAGAAGAAUAGAGAGCUAACUGCAGAAAUUGAGAAAGAGAAGAUUAGAUCCAAGCAAAGCAGCAAUAGGAUCAAAGAACUCGAGAAAGAGCUGCAGUGUGCUUUGGAGAAUGUUGUACCUGGACAGAAAACCACACAAAAAACCCUGGAUAAGAGCUUGUCUGAAGACCAUGAGGAAAACCCGCUGGUCAAGUCUCUGCAAGAAAAAUUAGCAGCUGCACAGCUCAAAGUGACAGAAUAUCGAAACCAGGUUCAGUCUGCAAAACAGGAGCUGAAGGUUGCUCAAAAGGUUUUAUUGAGUGAAGUUGGAGAGGAGAUCAACCUUCAGCAGAUGCUCAACAACCCUGGGAGCUUUAGAGGCCGGUCGCAGCAGAUUCUUGCUCUUCAAACAAGAGUGCGGGAGCUAGAGCAGCAGCUGUGCCAGCAAAGACAGGCAGAUGUUCAGAGUGUGGAGCAGGAUUUUUCUGGUACUGCGGCCCAUCAUAAACCCCCUGCUCAAAAUAGAAACCUCAACUACAUCCGUACCAUAGAGAGGGAAAAGAGGGAGGCGUUUGAGAGGAUCUCAGCUGAUCAUGAGGGCCUCUUGAAAGAACACGAGGAUCUGAAGAAAAAGCUAGAAGCCUCUAAAGCCAGGAGCAGAACUCAGUCCGAGGAAAUCAAAACUCUGAAAAUGCAGAUUUCCUCCUUAUUAGAGAAGGGGAAACAUGACACCGGGCUUGUGGAUGCUCUGCUGAAACAGCAGAGCCAGAUGCAGACGGCGCUGAAGCAACUUGGCCAACAGCAGAGCGCACAGACCAAGAGCCACAAACACAGCCCGAGACAACAGCUGGACAGUGGGCCCCCAGAGAACAAAUGCCUUAUCCAGAAACUGAAGCUUGUGGUAGCAGAGAAAGACGCCAUAAUAAAAGAGCUGCGGGAAAGGCAACAACUUUCCAAUAAGCAACCGAAGGAAGAGAGUGUGGACAGACAAUUAAGCCCUAAAAUAAAAAGCUGCAGUUCAGGAAUCUGUCCAGAAGAUGGAGACAGUGUCACAAGAAUUACACCUGAUUCAGUCUCUAAAUUAGGCCAUAAAUUGGUAAUUGCAACUGUGGGAGGUGAGAUGGAAUUAAAAAGUCACUCAAAGUGUCCGGGUUGUUCUGCUGAUGUGAGUGCACUGAUCACCCAGAGCAGUGCGUAUAAAGUCCUCAGCGUGGAGAAGGACCGCCUCCUGGAGCUGGUUAAGCUUCUACAGAUCAAAGAGAAAGACAUGAAACAAAUGUGUUUGGAGGCAGAGAAGAAGUACCAAGAGGAGCGCCGCAAAACUUUGAUGCUGGAGCAGCAGUUAGAAAGGGCAUGAACAGAGUAAAGGACUCUGCGUUGAGCACGGGAAGGAUUAGGACCAGUGUGACCAGGUGGGCUUUCUGCUAAAGAAACUGUUUCCCAGGGUUCAACUCCAAGGGUUCCAAGGGUUUUCUAGCAUACUCUCAUUCAACUCAACCUUGUCUGUCUCACUCAUGGCUGUCAUGACUGUUCCUCAGGAGAAAUAGGGCAGGAGCUACAAGGCAGAAAAAAAACAGACAAACAAACCAAACUCUGGAAUAUGAAUAAAUUUUACCUCGCAAUCUUAUUGUGUUGUGAGAUGCUCCUGAUUUUAAACAUGACAGUUUUUUUUUCUCUCCACCCCAUGAAAAUUUAACCACACAGCAGAUUUAAUGAUGUGUGGCAAUAGUCUCAACUCCCAUGCACAGGGUUAGCUUCUGCCCAUCAUCUUUUGGUUGUUUAUGUUGCUCUUGUUUGCUGUCUCCUCUCUGGUCAUUCAGCUGGAGGAAACGCAGCCUCUGAGGGCAUCCUAAAAGAGCACUCUCCAUCACGGCGUACAGCUUUAUGGUGACAUGAUGAGAUAAGUCGAGCACUUUUUUUUUUUUUUUCCUGGGGGCUCUGUGACAGCACUGACAAGACACUAACCAGGAGAACUGGCUGCUCCCUGCUCAAGCUCUCUUGCUGCUCAGCCCUACCUUCUCUUGUCACAUGUGACAAACCACAGCCUGCAGGAAACAAGUUCUCCUCCUUAGCCACACACACACACACACCCCUUCGCAUGCGCACGCAAAUGAUGGGGAUAUCUUACUCUCACUUCAGUUUGGAAUGAUUUGUAAUGCGGACCAGGUGACUUAAGGUUAAGGACUAUGGAGGAACUUUUGUGGAGCAGCUUCCUGCUUAACCUUGAUAGUAGCAGACAGUUGUUCCUGCUGAUUACGGAAUGGCUUGACCUUAAUCUAUUUUCCCCCUGGUGUCAUGUUGUCUCCGAUAGUCAUUUCAGAAAUGUAAAUUGACACUUUUAUUUUGUAAAAAAAAUAAAUGCUUGUAAGUUUUUUAUUUGUCUCAGACAAAUCAAUUUCAUUUUUUGAAACAAACUAAGGUUUUGUUAAAUUAGUUUUCUUAUGACUUAUCUGUUUUUUAUUUUGGCUGUGAAUGGUUGCGAAUAAAAGUGCAAAAUUGCUGUCAAGAUUGCAUUAACCUCUGUUAGGUUCCUCCUAAAGUUGAUAUUCCUGUUAAAUAUCCACACUAAUCAUUUCUGACUUGAAACCAGAUGUGUGGGAAUAGUGGUUAGAAGUGAAUGCAAACUAAAGCUACACAAACUGACUGUAAUUCAUUUCCCAGAGCAUAUCACUGAUUUACAGAAUUAAGUCUGUGAUCAGCGAUCCAAGACAUCCUGGAAAGUGUUUGGAAAAAGUAGGCAAUUUAUUUUAUGAAUUUACUGGGUCUAGAUGAAUUUGGAAAAAAGGCAGUGUAAUAUUAGGAAAAUUUGAUUGUUUUCAGACUUUAUUCUCAGCAACAUUGUUUGAAUAAUAAUACAUUGCUGAGAAUAAUGUUGCUGCAUUAACUUUGAAAAGUUAAUGCAGUUAACAGUUUUUUCUUCCUUAUUUGUUCUAUUCAGUCUUUCUUUCCUUUCUUCAUUCUUUAUAUUUGUCCUUCCUUCAUCCUGCUACCCCUCUUUCCUUUUUCCUUCUACAUUUGUCAUUCCUCCUUCCCUGUCCUCUUUUCCUCCACAUAUCCUUUCGUCCUUCCUUAUUUAUUUAUUUCAUUCUCCAUCAUUUCCUCCAUUUCCCUAUUUUUCAUACCUUCUUGCUUUGCUUUUGUCCAUCCUUUCUUCCUAUCUGCCUUAAGCAGAUGUUGUACUUUAGAAAUGAGCAAAAAUGUUAAUGGAAAACUCUGCUAAUUAUGUCUGGAAUAAAAUCUUGAGAAAGCCUCUUAGACUUUCAAUCCAAACGUUGUCUCAGUUCUGCUGAUGGGUGUGGCAUUUACAUACAUACGCACAUCUGAGUUAUUUUAAUGUAUCUAAAGGUGUUUCAGAAAAAGAAAAAAAAAAAAAACCUGCCUCGCCUGUCGUCUCUGCCCUCUCCACAUCACGCUUAAUUUAAAACCAUGGCUGACUUAGUGUGCUGAUUCAAAUACCACACUAUGUCUUCCAGCACCCUGUGGGAGAUUGGCAGGUCCCAUUUAGACCUGGUGAGAAAGAGCCACAAGACAAAAAUAUCAGAGUUUGGACAUGAUGAAGACAGCCUUUAUGCUCACAGUAACAAAAAACAUCUUGUGUUGAGCACCUCCCGGAUGAAGGGAUGAGAAACCUUUUUAGGUGACAGUGAGUUGGUGGCAGUGCAUGAGCAGGUUAGAUACAAUGGGAUCUGAAUUGAUUUGGCAUAAAUUACACAACAUGAUGCGUACCAUGGAGCAAAUUGUAUUUUUUGUCCCUUGUUCCAUGUGAUUCCUGGAAGAUGUUAAAUGUUUUUGAGCACACCAUGUGUAUGUGUAAAUACUAACUGAUAGGAACAAGUCAAGCACUUCCAAUAUUUCAGUAAGCUCUUUUUUUUUAUUAAGCUUCCUACUGAGGUUAUAGUGUAAUUUCAGGUAAGCUAAUUUCACAGCUUAAUGCGUCUGCUCUUGUUGACUUCAGUUAUUUCGGAGUGUCAUCACCUUCAAAUAAAUUACACUUUGGCAAACAAUUUUAUUCUUGUUUUAUGUAGCUGUAUUACGCAGAAAGGUGUAGAUUUAUUCCAAAAUGCCCAAUAAGCCACCAAACCAAACACAAACUUAUGUAAACACAGCGUACGUAAACAGCCUCGGCUAUUUGUCAUUCCAGCUUUGAAUGACUCCUUUCUCCAUCGUUCUCCUCAGAGGUAUUCCCUCUUUCUGGACCAAUGCUUCCUGCAGACCAUUGACUGCAUCCAGAAACUAAAGUAAACAGUGCAGCUGUGAACGCAGAGGUUAAAGUUAGCAAUCAGUGUACAAGGGAUCUGUGAACUUUCCUCAGGCCAGAAAAACAGUUUACUCCUCUGUGAGUUUAUUCAUCGCGCUGUGGCUCUCAUUUACAUGUAAUGGAAAGAAAAUAAACAGAACAGUUCUAAUGUGCUCAUUUACAGUAAUUAGAAAUUAAGUAACAACUUGACUUGUAUACAAGUGAAGUAAUGAUUAGACUCUUAUUGGUCACAUUAAUGUUCACUGGAUCAUCACUUUAAGUUCUCUUCAGGGUCUAAUUAGGCGUGGUAUCACUAGAUGGCAGUACAGUUGCUCAUGUGCUGGGAUGUACCUAAGAUUAUUAAGAAACUGUUUUGACAUUGAGUGGUACCAUGUGAUUUAAAGUCAAAAGUGUUGUAAAACUCUUUCCACAAAAUAUAAGUUCUUGUAGGAAAAACACAAUGACUCACAAUUUCAAGAAAAUAUGUUUAUUUAUUAUUAUUAUUAUUUUAAAGUUUCACAUAUUGAAAAGGGGUGGAGAAAACAUUUGACUAGUUAUACAAUAAGUACCAUGCCUUACAAAAAUCUUCAGAGCCCUGGAACUUUUUUUUCCGGCAAUUUGUCACGUUACAACCAGAGACUUUAACUUAUUUAACAGAAGCGCUUUUUUUUUUCUUUUUACUAUUUAAGUCUCAAAAGUGCUGUGUGCAUAUGUAACUAGAGGGAAAUCCCCAGCCACAAGUAUUUUGAUGUCUCUGAUAGCUUUACAUGUGUAGACACUGAAAUUUGAUACCUCUUUUUCUUUUCUUUUUUUGACAAAAUUCAAUCACCUCAACACGUCAGUCUAAAGUGCCUGUGAACUUGUCAAUCUUAGCAAAGAUUCUAAAUUGGGAUGAGGUCUAGACUUUGAGCAGGACCAUUCUAAGACGUGAUUUGCUUCUAUCGCUACAGCUCCUCCCGAUUUACCACAAACUUCUUUACUUCUCUUAAUGUCAUGCUUUAGUUUAGGUGGGCAGCUCCUCUUUUGGUAAGUUUGCAGCUGUAUCGUACUUUUUCCACUUGCAUUUGUUUGAACAUCUUGGAAUAAUGUUUUACAACCUAACACUGCAAUAAACCUCUCCACAACUUCUG